AUGGCCACCCCCACUGUCCUAGCUUUUGAUGCUGAGGGUAGAGCUAUUGACUUUGCAGUCUGGAUUGAAGACCUGCAGCUGUACUUACUAUGUGAUGCGAUAGAUGAGGUCUCUCUCUUUGACUUUGUCUCUGGCGCUGUCCUUGCCCCUCCUGCUGAUGCUGACCCCGCUGUUCGCUCCAAGUGGGCGACCCGCGAUGCUGCUGCACGUCUUGCUGUGCGUCACCACCUCCCUUCCUCCGAGCUUGCCCAUUUUAGUCAGUGCAAGUCCGCUCAGGCCUUGUACGACGCUGUAGUUGCACGCUACUCCUCCCCUUCCUCCGCUACGCUUAGCCGCCUCAUGCUACCGUUUCUCUUCCCUGACCUCGCUGCCUUUCCCACUGUCGCUGACCUCGUUACCCACCUCCGCGCUAGUGACGCUCGCUACCGCGCUGCCCUUCCUGCUGAGUUCCGCGCCGCAAACCCUCCUCCCAUGUACAUCACUCUCUACUUUCUCGUCAAUCGUCUCCCUGAGUCCCUUCGUGUGGUUAGGGACCAGUUUCUCUCUGUGUGUCCCACCACCCUCACUGUCGACCUCCUUGAGGAGUCCCUGCUAGCGGCUGAGAAGAGCAUCGUCGCUGUAGGGGCCUCUCGGGGUGACCCUCGCACCCCCAUCUUUGAGGGUCGGUCGGUGCGGCGUCUGCCCCCAGCGGUAGACGCCACACUGGCAAAGGCAAGGGGGGCAAGGGAGCGGGUGGAGCUAGAGGGGGCGGUGGCGGGGGAGGUGGGGGUGGCGGGGGGAGUGGGGGUGGCGGUGGAGGUGGUGGCGGGAGUGGAGGUACUGGUGGAGGCGGUGGAGGCGGAGGUGGCGGCGGAGGAGGUAGCGGAGGAGGCGGGGGCGAGGGUGCCGGUGGGGGCGGUGGCGGUGGAGACGGGGGUGGCGGUGGAGGCGGGGGUGGCGGUGGAGGCGGGGGUCGGAGUGGCUCGUCUCAGCGGAGCAGCUCUGGGGGUGGUCAGCGCCAGCAGCAGCAGCAGCAGCCACAGCAGCAGCAGCGCUCUCGCACCGUCCCCGCCCCUCAGCAGCUCCUGCCACCGCUCGCCGCACCCGCGCAUGCUGCAGCCGCACUCUCGCUCGCGCCUGCGCUUGCGACCGCUGCGCCCGCGCCUACUACCACCACGCUAG